AGAAAAUACACAGUCACACACACACAUAUAUAUCUCUAUAGUGAGAGAGAGAGAAAUGGGGGAUGGUUUAUGCCAUGUGAGCAACAGCCUCUUCCACGCCCGCCAAAUAUAUGUAACCUUCUUCCCUUCCUUAUUUCGUCUUUUUACUCUCUUCCCCUUCUUCCUCUCUCUCUCUCUCUCUCUCUCUCUCUCAAACAAAAUCCCACUUUCUCUCUCUACAACACCAGCUCUCUCUAUCUCUUUCUCUCUCUCUCAUGGCAGAACUGAAAUUAAGGCCGAAGAAACCAGUCCCCUGAAGGGCCUGACCUCAAGAUGAAAACUGUAGAUAGGACUCCUCACUGUCCCCACUCUCUCAGCUCAAAAAGUCCAUUCUCUCUCUAUCACUUCCUCAUACUCCUCCCCUUCACCUUUCUCUCUCUAAAACCUUCCUUAGCAUCCACUAAUGGACUCUUCACAGACUCUCAACUACUCCAGAACUUCAAAGCCUCACUACCAAACCCAGAUAAACUCCAAAACUGGGUACCCAACAACACCCCCUGCAAUUUCACCGGAGUUUCUUGCCGGAACUCCAGAGUAUCUUCCGUCAAUCUGACCGAUACCCAUCUGGGUAUCGAUUUGUCGUCCAUCGCAAGGUUUCUGAUAACACUUCCCAAUUUGGAGACCCUUUCGCUGAAGAGCACGAACCUCACCGGCUCUGUAUCUCCGGUGGCCAAGUCCCAAUGCUCCGCCGUUUUGAGCACCGUCGAUCUGUCGGAUAACGGCCUCUCGAGUCCGGUCUCAGAGCUCUCGAGCUUCGCGGCAUGUUCGAGCUUGAAGUCUCUGAACCUCUCGACUAACUCCUUCCAUUUCACGGCCGGUUCGAAGCAAUCCAAUGGUCUGCGACUCAAUUUACAGGUUCUGGAUCUUUCCCACAACCAGAUUUCGGGUGAAAAUGUCGUUCCGAUGAUGUUUUCCGGCGGCUGCGGUGACCUUCGGUACCUGUCAAUGAAGGGUAACAAGCUCGCCGGAGCUGUUCCGCUAUCAGAUUGUCAGACUUUGGAGUAUCUAGAUCUCUCCGACAACAAUAUCAGCUCGACUUUUCCGUCUUUGGAAAAUUGCUUGUAUUUACAGCACUUGGAUUUAUCGUCCAACAAGUUUUCCGGCGACGUUAGCGCCGGACUCUCGGGUUGUGAAAGCCUCACUUUCCUGAAUCUGACGAAAAACCAGUUUUCCGGCGAAAUUCCGGUGCUUCCAAGUGGAGGAAAACUGCAGUCGGUGUAUCUUUCCCUCAACCAUUUCACCGGUGAGAUACCUAUGCACCUUACCCGUUUGUGUUCGAGUCUGAUAGAGUUAGACAUCUCUGCUAACAAUUUGUAUGGUACUGUUCCUGAUACUUUUGGUGUAUGCUCUUCUUUAGAAUCAUUUGAUAUAUCUAACAACAACUUCUCUGGUUUAUUACCCAUUCAAACCCUUCUAAAUCUCACCAAUUUGAAGACUCUGGUGUUGUCAUUCAACAACUUUGUUGGUGGGUUGCCUGAUUCCUUGAUGAAACUGACAAAUUUGGAGACUUUCGAUGUGAGUUCUAACAGUUUGUCUGGUUCUAUUCCAUUGGGACUUUGUAAUGACCCUAGAAACAACAUGAAAGAGCUCUAUCUUCAGAAUAACAAGUUCACUGGUCCGGUACCGGAUAGUUUAAGUAAUUGUUCGCAGUUGGUUUCGCUUGAUCUGAGCUUCAAUUACCUCAAUGGGACAAUCCCAUCUAGCUUGGGUUCCCUCUCCAGCCUUCGCGAUUUGAUCAUUUGGUUGAAUCAGCUUCAUGGGGAGAUCCCAAAAGAGCUGAUGUACAUUCAAGCACUCGAGAAUCUGAUUCUUGAUUUCAAUGAAUUGACUGGGACAAUCCCUGCUGGUUUGAGCAAUUGCACCAGUUUGAAUUGGAUUUCCUUGUCCAACAACAGGUUGAGUGGUGAAAUUCCGGCCUCCCUUGGUCGUUUGGCUAAUCUAGCAAUCCUCAAGCUCGGGAACAACUCCAUUUCCGGGAGCAUACCUGCAGAGCUUGGGGAUUGUCGAAGCCUGCUAUGGUUGGAUCUUAACACCAAUUUGUUGAGUGGGAUUAUUCCCCCUGCUCUGUUCAAACAAUCUGGCAAUAUUGCGGGGUCUGUGCUCACUGGGAAGAGGUAUAAAUACAUUAAAAAUGAUGGCAGUAAGCAAUGUCAUGGAGCGGGGAAUUUGCUCGAGUUUGGAGGAAUCAGAGAGGAACAGAUGAACAGAAUUUCCACGAGGCAUCCCUGCAAUUUCACUAGAGUUUAUGAUGGUGUCACUCAACCGACUUUCAAUCACAAUGGUUCGAUGAUUUUUCUUGACAUUUCCUAUAAUAUGUUGAAUGGUAGUAUUCCAAAGGAGCUCGGAUCCAUGUACUAUCUCUCUAUAUUGAAUUUGGGGCAUAAUGAACUCUCUGGCCCUCUUCCUCAAGAGCUUGGAGGUUUGAAGAAUGUGGCAAUUCUUGAUCUUUCGUAUAAUAAGCUUAAUGGGUCAAUUCCACAAUCCAUGGCUAGCCUUUCAUUGCUUGGCGAGAUUCAUCUGUCGAACAACAAUCUCUCUGGAAUGAUUCCUCAAUCCCCUCCAUUUGAUACGCAGCUGGAUUACGGAUUCCUGAAUAAUUCAGGCCUUUGUGGGUACCCUCUUCCUUCCUGUGGGGCAGAUUCUAGCUCAAGCUCGAAUAGCCAGCAUCAGAAGUCUCAUAGGAGACAAGCAUCACAUGCAGUGAGCUUGGCGGUGGUAGUAUUGUUUGCCCUCUUCUGCAUAUUUGGUUUGAUUAUAGUACUGAUCGAAACGAAGAAAAGAAGAAAAAGGAAGGAUGCUGCCCUUGGUACUUCUUAUAUGGACGGUCAUUCCCAUUCAGGCAAUGGAAAUACUAACUGGAAGCUUACGAGUGCACGGGAGGCAUUAAGCAUCAGCCUUGCAACAUUUGAUAAGCCCCUCCGAAAGCUCACGUUUGCAGAUCUUCUCGAAGCCACAAAUGGCUUCCAUGACGACAGCCUUGUAGGCUCUGGUGGCUUUGGUGAUGUCUACAAAGCCCAAUUGAAAGAUGGUAGCGUUGUGGCUAUCAAGAAACUAAUACACGUUAGUGGGCAGGGGGACCGGGAAUUCACAGCCGAAAUGGAAACCAUUGGGAAAAUCAAGCACCGGAACCUUGUGCCUCUCGUUGGCUACUGCAAGGUGGGAGAAGAACGGCUAUUGGUUUACGAGUACAUGAAAUAUGGAAGCCUAGAAGAUGUUUUACAUGACAGAAAGAAAAUUGGGAUCAAGCUAAAUUGGGCUGCAAGGAGGAAGAUUGCUAUUGGGGCUGCAAGGGGAUUGGCUUUCCUUCACCAUAACUGCAUUCCACAUAUAAUUCACAGGGAUAUGAAAUCUAGCAAUGUCUUGCUGGAUCAGAAUUUGGAAGCUAGGGUCUCUGAUUUCGGUAUGGCAAGGCUCAUGAGUGCCAUGGACACCCACUUGAGUGUCAGCACAUUGGCAGGCACUCCUGGUUAUGUCCCUCCUGAAUACUACCAGAGCUUUAGAUGUUCCACGAAGGGCGAUGUUUACAGUUAUGGUGUUGUCCUGCUUGAACUGCUAAGUGGGAAACAGCCAACUGAUUCAGCUGAUUUUGGUGACAAUAAUCUUGUGGGGUGGGUGAAGCAGCAUGCCAAAAUGAAAAUAAGUGAUGUUUUCGAUCCCGAGCUAUUGAAAGAGGACCCUAUCCUAGAGAUUGAGCUACUACAACACUUGAAGGUAGCUUCUGCUUGCUUGGAUGAACGGCCAUGGCGACGUCCCACAAUGAUUCAAGUCAUGGCAAUGUUCAAAGAAAUCCAAGCAGGGUCUGAGAUCGAUUCCACCACGUCCACCAUUGCUGCCGAUGAUCAAAGUUUUAGUACAGUUGGGGGAGGGGUAGAGAUGAGUAUAGAAGAGGGCAACGAGUUGACCAAGCAAUAGAUCAACAUUUCCAGCAAUUUCCUAAAAUUCCUUGAAAGGAAGAAGAAGGGGAUGAUGAUCUAUUGAGCUCCCAAAUUUCCCCCCUUUUUACCUGUUUAAAAUCACUUCUGUAUUUAUACCAGUUAAUGUAUGUACCUUUAGUCCCUUGAAAUUGUUGGUAUUACACAUAAAAGGUUGUUCAACUUGUAACACUGUACAUAUAUAAUUUCGUGUGGUUAUGCUCUUUUUUGUUCUUA